AAUAGUUCCCGUUAGGCUUUCCUGGCUUGACAGCUGUCACCGUACGCCGAGGUCAAGGGGAGAGGAGAAGCAUGGCUGCGUUGUUGUUUAGAGGGUCUCGAAAUGUAUUGCUAAGGUGGAAUAAGCAUGUCGACCUUGCCUUCGUGUCAAAGCGAUCAAUGGCCUCAAAAACACCUAUUGGAUUUAUUGGUCUGGGAAACAUGGGCACUCCCAUGGCCAGAAACCUGCUAAAAAAUGGUUAUCCUGUUAUUGCCACUGAUGUCUUUCCUGAGUCCUGCAAGGAGCUGCAGGACAUGGGUGCCCAGGUGGUGGACUCCCCAGCAGAAGUGGCUGAGAAAGCAGACCGCAUCAUCACAAUGCUGCCCUCCAGUCCCAACGUCAUAGAGGUCUACACAGGCCCAAAUGGCAUCCUCAAGAAGGUCAAGAAGGGAACGCUGUUGAUUGACUCCUCCACCAUUGACCCUGCUGUAUCAAAAGAAAUGGCGGUCGCUGCAGAGAAGAUGGGUGCUGUGUUCAUGGAUGCUCCGGUAUCAGGAGGUGUCGGGGCUGCCAGCCUGGCCAAACUGACCUUCAUGGUAGGUGGAGUGGAGGAGGAAUACCACGCUGCGCAGGAGCUGCUCACGUGCAUGGGAGCCAAUGUUGUCUACUGUGGACAGGUUGGCACCGGACAGGCAGCAAAGAUCUGCAACAAUAUGCUGCUGGCCAUCGGAAUGAUUGGGACCGCAGAGACCAUGAACCUUGGCAUCAGACUGGGUUUGGACCCCAAACUACUGGCAAAGAUCCUCAACAUGUCCUCAGGCCGCUGCUGGUCCAGUGAUUCGUACAAUCCAGUCCCCGGAGUCAUGGAGGGAGUCCCCUCUGCCAACAACUACCAGGGCGGAUUUGGAACCACACUAAUGGCAAAGGAUCUUGGUUUAGCCCAAAACACUGCCACCAACACUAAGACGCCCAUCCCUCUGGGUUCCCUCGCCCACCAGAUCUUCAGAGUCAUGUGCUCCCGUGGCUACGCUAACAAGGACUUCUCAUCCGUCUUCCAAUUCCUACGCGAGGAGGAAGGACAGUGAAUGGAGGGGGAGCGUAGUUGAUUGUGAUGUUACCAUACACACACACACACACACACACACACACGCACCACAACCACACACCCCAGUGCCCCUUAUCCCACUAUGCUCAGGAGAGACUAAGGCCUUGCCCUCAGGCACAGAUCUGUGGUCCAAUUAACAUACUGUAUGUCGACACAUGUCCCCUCAUUGCAUUAGCUGAAUCAUAUUUUCCAUUCAUGACUCUCCUUCUGCAUGGAGGAAAUGCUAAAAAUGACCUUAGAUCAGUAUCUAGAGACAAAGCCCUUCCUCUUUAGCAACUCUCUUCUCUAUUUGGCCUGAGAAGCCCGAGUAGGGAAAUCAGAGAUAGGAUGGGAUGAGGUGCUGCAGGUUUACAUAUAACAAUGCAAAUAUGUGUAUUUUUUUUCAGAAUGAUUGAGAAGUAAUAAUUGCAUGAUUGUUAAAAGGUUAAGUAUGUUUUUGUCGGGUUAGUGCUGUUUGCCUAUUACUCAAAUGUAAUGAGGACAGUAAAAAACCACACAAACUACAGUGAGAAUUUACAUACUGAUGGAAAUGUCAUUGAAGAGACAGUGCAAGGGAGUGCAGAGUUUGGGUUGUCCUUUUCUAAUGGAACAAAAAAUCCCAUAUUCACAGCACUACAUGUGAAGGCACCAAACUGCUGGCUCAAAGUUUACUUAUUUUGUUACAUUCAUCUGUUUUUGGCAGGAUCCACUCAUUUACGUGUCACCCGAGUCUUCCAGCCAUUUUAAAUUUUUUCAUUUGUUCAUUUCAGUGUUCAAUCAUCUAGUUUUUUUUACCUUGUGAAUACACUAGAGUUUGUUUCCAUUGGUACUACAUUUAAGUCACUACUUACUGAUUGGACUAGUUCUGCUCUGUUAAAUACUGUGAGAUAUACCUGGUUAUUUUUGCACUGUGUGCAUCGCGGUGCGAUGUGCUGGACCAUUUUGAUACAGUUACACAAUCUAUUUGAACUUACCUCUGCUCUGCUGUCUGCAUCUGCUUAUCGAGCCACUAGAGUAUUAUUUUGUGUCCAACAUUGUUUAAAUUUUAUACUGUUCACUACAAAAUGUUGUUCUCACUCUCUGGCACUUUCCGUUUUACUUUAAUUAAAGUCUAUCCUCACAUAUUGCUCCUCUCUGUCUGUCUGUCUCUCUACUUGUACGACAUCUGUGUAAAGUGUCAGCGAGGAAAGGUUCCUCCCUGCUCUAAGCAAAUGUACAUAAUGUAUAUUUCAUAUUGUUGUCUAGUAUUGAAAAGGAAUCUAAAAGAAUUGUCUUUUUUUUUUUUAGUAAAAGUCAUUAAUAGUGUCUACAGCUUGUCUUUGCUCUGUGAAACAGAUCCUCAGUCAUUCUGUGGCCUAAAAUAAAAGUUGUUCUGUGUA